GUAUCGCACCUAGUAUUGAGUGGUAUACAGAACGUUAAACCACAAACGUGUAUUCAAUAUAACUGAUGUAAGACGAUCAACGUGAAGUCCAAUGACUAUCUCCAAUUAAAACUAUGGAUGUCAGGUAACGCAGGGAGAAUAAUAUUCAGAUCUGAAACUGAAUAAAAUGGAUACUGAACUGAAGCCUUUAAUCCACUGUGGAUUAUGCAAAACAACUUUAAAAGAUCCAAGAAAUCUUCCGUGUCUGCAUACUUUUUGUCGCUCAUGUAUUGAUGAUGAUAUAAAGAAGCGAAACAAAUCUGAAACAAGUCGUACGUACUAUUGUCCAAUAUGUUCCAGGGUGACAAAGUUCCCAAAUGACGUAACGAUGAAACAUUGGGGUGAACAUUUACCUAAAAAUAAACUAGCAUUAAAUGUAAUUGAUGGCUACAAGCUUAAGACGGGAAAGGUCAACUGUAAACCUUGUAACCGGAAGCAGAAGUCAGCACCCGCAACUCAGUGGUGUAUCAAAUGUAAAGAACCACUUUGCGAUACGUGCGUUGAAUCACACAGUUCUUUCAAAACAACCAUGGGUCACGAGAUAACCGAUCUAUCAAAAUUGAAAAAUCAACCGUUAAAAGAACUCCUUAUUCCUCCUCCUUGCGAGGAACACCAAGAAGACUUAGAUCAUUAUUGUUAUGAUCACAAGGAAUUUGUUUGCAAUUCUUGUAAAGCUUCCACUCAUCGUUCUUGCAAGUCAGUUUUCCCGGCAUCAGUUCAUGCAGAACGAAUCCGUAAUGACAGUAAAACGUUAUCACACUCGCUGGGACAACACGAAAGAAACGCCAAAAUACUCUUAGAAAAUCGGGAAAGCGAAAAAGAAAUGCUUGAAGUUUCAAAAUCAAAAUUAAAAGAACAGAUAAUGUCUGUUAGGCGUCAAAUUAAUGAUAUUCUAACAAAAUAUGAAAACCAAUCUUUAAAAGAACUGGAUGAUAUAUGUUCAAAGGAGAAACAAGUUCUUGAUACUGAUGAACAGGGUGUCCAGGGAAUUUAUAACACGUCACACAACAUGCACAGUGUUUUGAAAGCAGCUUCUAAACAUGCAAAUGAUGUCCAUUUCAUACAAUGGCAAAACAAGAUUGAGAAAGAAGCACAAAUGUUAAACGACAUGAUUUUUGAUAUUCAUGAACCGCUGACCAGUUCACGGGUAACUUUUACUGUAAAUGAUGAUCUUGCAAAAAUAACAAAGUCUCUCCGAAAUUUGGGCGACUUGAGUAUAAAAAAAGAAAAUGUAAAUCUAAUAUCAGGAUUAGGAAAAGAUCAAGAGUUGAUACCAGAAAACAAGAAUGAACAUCAAGAUAAUGUGUCGAUGUUGUCAUAUCAACUGCCAUUACAACAAUUUUCGGUGGAAACCAAAACUGAUGAACAUGCAAGCUUUAUUACUGGAAUGGUAAUGCUACCGAACAAUAUUCUGGUUUGUGCAGACAAAAAUAACUCAAAACUGAAAGCAUUUGAUGCAGAAUUCCAAAUGCAAAAUGAACAUGAACUAGAGUUUUCUCCCUUUGAUGUUACUAUUGUAGGUAAAAACAAAGUAGCUGCUACAAUACCAUCACAGUCCGUAAUUUCAAUAUUCAAGAUAGGUUCUUCAAUACAACUAAAGGACACAAUUACCACUAAAGAUAGCUGUUAUGGUAUAGCCUAUUCAAACAAACGAUUCGCGUACACAUGUCCGUUUGCGAAGGACACAUGUGUAAAAAUGAUAACUGACAGUGGUGAAGCAAUAAUGACAAUAUGUCCAGAGGUAAACUUCCAAUCACUGUUUUUGAGACCGUGGUAUGUAAAGUUUGAUAAUAGUGGAUCACAUUUGUAUGUGUCGGACUGUCAUCGUGCCCAGAUUUACUGUUGUGUCGGCACUACACUUCGCCGAUUUGUCUAUUCUCACGAUCGGUUGAACGCACCAAGAGGUUUAGUUAUGAGAAGAAAUGACGAUUUUUUUGUAGUUGGCUGGGGAUCGGACAACAUUCAUUUCAUAGACCACAACGGACGUUUUAUAAGGGAGGUUGUAAAUCGAUGGAAUGGCUCGUUUAGUCCCCAAACCGUAUGUUUGACCUCAAAUGAAGAUAGUUUGAUAGUGUCUUUAGACCCAACUAGCUGUAACAGUAAUACACUUUUGGUCUUCGAACUUCCUGAGGAAGGGUUUUAAACAGAAGAAGAAAAACCAUGGAUAUGGAUAAACAAAUACCCUGUAUGUAAGAAAAAAUUGACUAGAAUAAACUUAGAGGACAGCAUUAUCUUCUACAUUAAUAUAUAUAAAUAUUUAUUUAAAUCCAGAAGCAAGUGAAGAAAAUGUAUUACGAAAAUCGAUACAUAAAGCGCAUCGUCCUUUUCAUUUAGCAUAAUCAAUCGGGAUUAAACAGUAAAGUU